CAACAGGGUCAAUUUGAUAAUUCCCCCUUUUUUCGCACAAAUUUAGGCUUCAAAAAUCACAUAGAGCCAGCCAAAACACCAGCUUUCACUUCAGUCUUCAACUUAACCGUCUCUCACCAUGGACACGAGGACAUGCGGAAACCUUCUUGCUUACGUGGCGGUUGCCGUCGUCACGUUCGUCGUCAUCUUCUCCUCCUCCGCCGACGUCUCUUUCUCCUUCACCACCACCCACUCCAAACCAGAGUUUCUCAUUCCGAUCGUUCAAUUGCGAACCAAAUUGAACUUCAAUCCUCAACAUUCCGACGCUUAUAUGCUCCGGCAAUCAACAUUAUCUUCGCCUAUCCGAAAUUCUUUUAUCGGACGAAGGUUGCCGGAGUUGGAACUUGCUGGAGCUAGACGCGCGAUUCAGCGAGCGGCUACUGUCCGUAACCUUUCUCAGCUUUUGCAAAACGGUGACGUUUUGUCCGGUGAUAUCUAUCAUAACCCCGGCGAGUUUUAUCAGAGCUAUAUAGAGAUGGAGAAGAGAUUCAAAGUGUAUGUAUAUGAAGAGGGUGAGGUGCCAAUAGUACAUGAUGGACCAUGCAAAGACAUAUACACAAUAGAAGGAAGAUUCAUUGAGGAGAUGGAGCAAGAUCAUCAUUUCAGGACUAAAGAUGCGCACAAGGCGCAUGUUUACUUCAUGCCUUUCAGUGUCGCGUGGAUGGUAAGGUAUCUCUACAAGCCUAAUUCCUAUGACAUCACCCCACUCCAACACUUCGUCUCUGAUUACGUUAGAACCAUUUCCACCAAACACCCCUUCUGGAACACAACUCAUGCUGCUGAUCACUUCAUGCUUUCUUGUCAUGAUUGGGGUCCGCAUGCCUCAAAAGGUAACCUUAACCUCUACAACUCGUCAAUCAGGGUCCUAUGCAAUGCCAACUCUUCCGAAGGAUUUGACCCACAAAAAGAUGUGAGCCUACCUGAAAUCAACCUCCGUAACGGUAAAAUGCCCGCCAAUCUUCUCUCUCCUCCACCACUCUCGUCCUCUAGACCCCACCUAGCAUUCUUUGCAGGUGGGGUCCACGGUCCCAUACGACCUAUCCUCCUCAACCAGUGGAAGGGUCAGGACCCUGAUCUUCAAGUCCACGACUACCUACCAAAAGGGUUAGACUACUAUUCCUUCAUGUUAGCAUCAAAAUAUUGCCUGUGUCCUAGCGGCUAUGAAGUGGCGAGCCCUAGGAUCGUUGAGGCGGUUUAUUCGGAGUGUGUGCCGGUUAUAAUUUCCGACCACUAUGUUCUACCUUUUAGCGAUGUGUUGAGGUGGGAAGCAUUCUCGAUUCAGGUUAAGGUGUCGGAAAUUGGUGAGUUGAAACGGAUUUUGACGUCGGUGCCGGAAAAUGAGUAUUUGAGGCUAAAGGAGAAUUUGAGAGCAGUUAGGAGACAUUUUGUUUUGAACCAGCCUGCUGAAAGAUUUGAUGUGUUUCAUAUGAUAUUGCAUUCUGUUUGGCUCAGGAGAUUAAAUUUAAAGGUAGAGUAAAACAGAAAUAUUAAUAAAAUAUAUAGAAAAAUUAGUAUUACACGCAAAUCAAUUCUUUCGUUUUGGUUUAUAAGUUAAAUUUAGUUUCUAAAUCAG